ACGCCCUUUCCCUUUUCGUUUCCCACCAUCGCAGCUCUACCCCGAAGACGGGCCGCCGCCGCCACCACUGCUGGCGCUUACAACCCAAAGAACAAUUUUUUUUCCCCGCGGUGGAUUGCACCGCCCCCUCCCCCUGACGCUCCGCCCCUUCUCCCGCCCGGCAGGAAAGCUCCGGCCCGUCGGCGCCGUCAUCCGUCGACGCGGAGCGAGCCAGGCCGGGGGUCGCUCAGCUGCGCCAAGGCCGCUCAGCCGCGAAGUGGUGGCAAGCGCCGUGUGAGCCCCUACAGCAGCCAUGUCGCAUGAGAAGAGCUUCCUGGUGUCUGGUGAUCCUUUUCCUGGCCAGCAGCCGCCUGUCCCGCCUGGCUAUGCCCAGCCUCCCUACCCUGUGGCUCCCUACCCACAGCCCCAGUUCCAGCCCGGGGUGUAUGGCCAGCCUGGCUACCCGCAGGGCCCCUAUCCGACGUCGGGCCCCUAUCCAACUACGGCACCCUACCCAACUUCGGCACCCUACCCACAAGGACCUUAUCCUCAGGCACCCUACCCACAAGGGCCGUACCCGCAGGGCCCCUACGCCCAGCCACAUCCGGGAGUCCCUGUGGACCCAGACUGUGGAACAGGACCCCGCCCUGUCUAUGUGGUAUGGAGAGCAGGCGCCCCAGCCUCUAGGAUUGCACCAGUGCACAGCAACUACCAUGAGGACGGGCCGCCCUCCUACUAUGACAACCAGGACUUCCCCCCCACUAACUGGGACGACAAGAGCAUCCGCCAGGCCUUCAUUCGCAAGGUGUUCCUGGUGCUGACCGUGCAGCUCUGCGUCACCUUUGCCUUUGUGGCCAUCUUCACCUUCGUGAAGGGCGUGAAGGGCUUUGUGCGGAGAAAUGUCUGGACCUACUACGUCUCCUACGUCGUCUUCUUCAUCUCCCUCAUCGUCCUCAGCUGCUGCGGGGAGUUCCGGCGCAAGCACCCCUGGAACCUCGUGGCCAUGUCCAUCCUGACCCUCAGCCUCUCCUACAUGGUGGGCAUGAUCGCCAGCUUCUACGAAACGGAUGCCGUCAUCAUGGCCGUGGGCAUCACGGCCACCGUCUGCUUCACGGUUGUGAUCUUCUCCCUGCAGACCAAGUAUGAUUUCACCUCGUGCCGAGGGGUGCUGAUCGUCUGCCUGGUGGUCCUGUUCAUCUUCGCCAUCCUUUGUAUCUUCAUCCGGAACCGCAUCCUGCAGAUUGUCUAUGCCUCCCUGGGCGCCCUCCUCUUCACCUGCUUCCUGGCCGUGGACACACAGAUGAUCCUGGGGAACAAGCAGCUGGCCAUCAGCCCCGAGGAGUAUGUCUUCGCGGCCCUCAAUCUGUACACGGACAUUAUUAACAUCUUCCUCUACAUUUUGGCCAUCAUUGGGCGUGCCAAGGAGUAGGCAUCCCCCGGCCCUUCCAGCGCAGCCUUCUUCCUCACAAGUCCCAUCUUUUUGUCGUGGUUCUCUCCCCCCCACUCCUUUUCCUCCCCCGGGGUUCUCCCCCCCCCUCCCUUCCCCAGUCUCUGUUGUGUUCCUGGCCACUCCUAUGCCCUGCUGGGUGCUUUUCUGGGGAAGGCUAUAGGAAAAGAAGGAGGUUCAGGGAAGCCAAUGGGCCUGCACCUUCCUCCCACCUGCCAUGCCCUGGUGUCAGUUUUUUGAAGGAAAAGGGCUUCUCUGCCCUGCUGUAUGGCCAUGGGGCUGUCCGGGGGGGGGGGGGAAGUGUAAAUACGCUGUGCUUGUCUGUUUUGUAAUUUGGUCUAGAAAUGUUAAUUUAAUACUUUGAGGCAUGUGACCUCAUUCCAAGCAUGCCGCUUGCAGCCGCUCCUUCCCUCCCCUGCCACAGAUGCCAGGCCUCUUCUAGGGCUCUGGCCACACGCAGACCUUUUUUCCGCUUGGCUGGCGGGAGUGAGCUCCCCCCUCUUCUCCUCGCCUCCUCUCCCCAUCCCCAGUAUUAUGCUCAUGCCGCCCGCCCAGCGGUGCCCCCCACAUCCCAGAACGUUGUGUUCCAGCCAUUGUGAGUGCUGAGUCUCUGGACACUACGUCCCAUUUUUAUGAAUACUAUCCAGAAAAGUAGGGGUGCUUCCUCCCUUCUAGUUGGGGGGCAGGGACUGCUGGGGAAGGGGAGGCUUUCCUUGCUCUGGGCCUCCUGCAUUUUGCUUUUAUACAGAAAUGUGAAGUUUCCUCGCCCUUGAUGUCUGGGGGUGCCAUGCCACGUCCUCCUCUGUCCCCCCUCUCUCUCCUCCCCCCCCCACAAUUUGGCUGACUUUCGGGUGGCCCUGCACUGCUGCAUGCUGAGCAGCCACUACUGUGCCCCCAGGCCCAGCCUCUGCACUAAACUGUAUCCACAGGAUGACCUAAUAAAAGUGAGAAUGUACCAGA